UUCUUCUAGUUCGGAUCCUCUGAUUUGUUCUUCUGGUUCGGUUCCUCUGAUCGGUUCUUCUGGUUCGGUUCCUCUGAUCGGUUCUUCUGGUUCGGAUCGCGAUGCAUCUCGCGGAUUUCAUCGCCGGUUCUGUCGGAGGAGCGUUUGGAGUGGCGGUGGGGUAUCCGCUGGACACCGUGAAGGUGCGACUCCAGACACAGACUCAGUAUUCCGGCGUUUGGGAGUGUGUGAGCAGAACCUGCAGAACUGAAGGCGUGGGCGGGUUCUACCGAGGGAUGUCGAUGCCGCUGACCACCGUCUCCAUCAGCUCGUCUCUGGUGUUCGGCACGUACAGGAACGUCCUGCACUCGCUGCAUCAGAUGCGGCACAGAAGCGCAGCGGAUCCGCAUCAUAAAGCUGAUAUACUUCUGUCUGGGUUCUGCGGAGGCGUCGCUCAGGUGCUGGUGAUGUCUCCCGCAGACAUGGUGAAGGUCCGUCUGCAGUGUCAGGCUGAAGGCCGGCGGUACGGUGGCCCGCUGCACUGCCUGCUCAGAAUCGCCCGAGACGAGGGUCCGCUGGGUCUUUAUAAGGGUUCUGCCGCGCUAGCGCUGCGAGACGGACCCUCGUUCGCCACUUACUUCCUCACUUACAACAGCAUCUGUGAUGCGCUGUCUGCAGAGAACCAGCCGCCGGGCUGGCCGGUGGUUCUGCUGGCCGGUGGGGUCUCUGGGAUGUGUGGCUGGGCCGUCGGGACGCCGAUGGACGUGAUCAAGGCCCGUCUGCAGGUGUCCGGCGUGAGCGGCCGGCUCUACAGAGGGUUCUUCCACUGCGUCACACACAGCGUGCGGACCGAAGGCCUGGCCGUCCUGUUCAGAGGCCUGACGCUCAACUGCAUCCGCGCCUUUCCCGUCAACAUGUCCGUCUUCGCCACGUACGAACUGGUGGUCCGCUUUCUGCGCCCAGCGUCCUGAACAUCAGGCGCACAUCUUCCCUUUGCACAAGUUCUGGAUCCUGCACAAUGUUUAAUAUCGUGUGUGUGUGUGUGUGUGUCACUCAUGAAUGUGUAUCAUUGGCAUUAAUGUGUAUUUGAGUGUUUUGCAGUGUCUACCUCAGAUGCUGAAGAGCAUC